CAGCUCGAGAUUUUCUGCGGUGAAAUUUGAAAAUUUCGUGAAGCCGCUAACUGGGUGCAGACGAUAUAUUUGUAUGUUUGUGAAGUUAAAUUAAGUUCUAAUUUAUUUUAUUACAUUCAACAUGUCUGCAAAGCAUUUCUAUGCAGAUCAAUUCAGGAAAAAUGACGAUGUGUUUAGAAGCACGAUGGAGUCUAUUUUUAAGAAGUAUUCAAAUCUAAAUGAUCCUGGGAUAGACGUCUGUCUGAAAACAAUGACCUGCAUGUCUGAAAAGGGCUCUGUGCCCAUUGACAGUGCAGAGGGAGAACGAGAGUUGGAAACAUUAAAGAUUCAAGUAAAUACAAACCAUUCAAUCAGGGAGUUUGAGGACCAGGAAAAUGAGGAGAUGGAUUGGUCAGAGAUCACUGAGGAUAACCUUACCUACUCUGAUCAGAAGGAAAACAUUGAAAGUCUGUGGCAUGGUGGUGAUUCAUUCCAGCAUUCAAUGAAUGGGAUAAAUUCAUCUCAUGACAGUCUAUGGGGGGUGACCGAUCAGCCUGAGGAAGAGGAUGAAGAAUUGGAGAAAACAUUGAGCAGUCAUGGCAGUACACUACUUGAUGUCUAUCCGAGCAUGGUAAAUCAGAUCGGUGAAGCUUACCGGCGUCAGCGGGUGACGGAUAGGGCAAGGGCCGUGCUGCAGAAGUACCGUCGCAAACAGUGGCAUUCUGGGGUGUCAAAUCCUCGCAGCACUUCCUUGAGAAACAUGACUCUAAACAAGAGAUCUCCUUUAGAGAGCUCAUUUACCAAGCAAAGUCCAGGUCAACAAAACAUUAGCAACUGUACCAAGGGCAGUAGCAAAUUUGAGAACUUGUUAAAUGAUAAACUGAAGCCUUCACCCCUUAAAAAUGCAUCAUAUGAAGCCAGUGCCUGUUUUUACUCACCUAGAAGGAACAUUGCUAAUGUGAGCGGGAUUUCACAUGAGUCACCAUGGACUGAACUGCAUUUUGAGAAGACGGUAAAGCAAAGUCCCGCCCGUGUGAUUGACUUGUCCACACCUCCUCACUCCGUUUCCCCCUCCCUAAGUGAUCAGUCUCCUGAUCUGAACCAAACUUAUGAUGUUGGACCAACUGUUUUGUCAACUUCUUGUGCUGUUCCAGCCUCAUUGGUCUCCACCUGUCCACAACCAGUGUGGCAGUCACCAGGCAGAACAGCUAAAAGUUUGUCUCUUGUUGAAAAGAGAAAAAGGUCCAUCACACCGCAGCCCUGCGAUCAGCUGUCAUCCAAUGUCUCAUUGAACAGAGACUGCUUCAGGGACCGUCUGCAUUUUCCUGUCUCCUCCCCACUACGUGGUCUCAGUUAUUUAUCUCCAAGUAAGAGGAGCAACUUCACGUCUAUGUCAACGCUGAACUUUGAAAGACAACAAUCAAAGUCAACGGCAAUACACAGUCCGGUGCAAAAGUCUCCUCUGCGCUGUCAAGCUCAUUCAGAGAGCCAAAGAUCUCCUUAUGGCAAGAAAGAGGUGGUGAUGUCAUCACCUCGACAUUCCCUUUACCACCAAAGUUUUUCCACAGCUGAGAAGCUAGACAGUCCUAGAAUGUCCAAAAAUCAACAUUCUCAUUCAGCUUCCAAAUCCGCUUACUUGGUAAAGCAUGACUCAUACGGUCGACCCCAGAUCGACGCUGAGUUCAGAAAGCUGUAUCAUCACUUCAUCUGUCAUGGGAUGUCUUCACCAUGCCCUUCCUCCCACUGUCACCUGUGUGAGAAGACGUCCCAAAACCCUGGCUUUUCCUCUUCCAACAUGUCCGCUCUUGCACUUACACCCCUGAGGACCUCCCUCAAGAAACGUCGUCGUCAGCCUGAAGUGGAAGAGUCGCUUCGAUUUAAACGCUUCAGAGAGAGUUGUUCUCCCAUUAAACAUUUCCAACGUUUGCAACAUCAGCUGAAAGACGGAUACACGACCUCUCCUUUGCCAGAAGCAAGUGAAGAUAAGCAUACGUGGGAAAGGGCCAUCUUGCUACAGUGCCCCAGUCCCAGGUUCCUAAGACGUACAGGAAACCUCAGAAGAAUCAGAGAGUCGAAAUUAGCUAUGCAAAUGAACCAAAAUGCCUCGUCUUGGAGAGAUGGAGUCCACAUGGUGAAAGCUGAGUCAUCACUGAGAUCUUUUAAUCAGGAUAUGACUCCACUCACUCCGAGUCUUUCAAGGAGACGACUUCAGUAUGGUCUUCUGCAGUGAUUGAGUUUCUCCUGUGCAUACUCCACAAUUUGGGAGUCUUUACACAGACUGAUAUUGUUAAUGCUUCAAGUUCAUUCAAGAGAAAAUACAAAGAAUGACAUCAAGACAAUAAACAGUUUGAUAUUAAACUAAGUUUUUAAAUCUUGCUUUAAAUAUGUAUGUGUAAAUGAAUCUGUUUCAAUGAAUAUUCUUUGCUUUGUGUGUAAUUUCCGUCACUACACCCCGG